AACAGGUUUCCACAUAUUCAUUACAGUUUGAACGGUCGAGUGUCACACAUACAACGUCUGCUCAUUUAGACAUUCAUUUUAAACAGUAGGUACUUUUGAAUUAACAAAACAUAAUGAAGUGUUUGACCUGUAUUAUUUUUGUUGCCCUUCUUGCUAACAUACAUUCACUGGAGUGUCAAGAUUAUGAAAAACUGGUGACAGCUUGCCCAAGAAUGUCGGAGCCUACUUGCGAACAAAUUAAUGGAACACUUCGUUUACUUGAUUGUUUCAAGCCUGAAUGCUAUUGCAAAGAUUCAACUUUUAGAGAAUCAUUUACUGGCAAAUGUUAUGCUCUUGGUGACUGUCCGGAUUACAGUUUCCUUCUUAAAUUAAUUUCACUUUUGAAAGCAGGCACGCCAUUGAAUGCACUGUUUGCCGGCGCACGGCUAUCUGUCGGCGCCGAUACGGCGAUUCGGCCCGGAACGGUUUUUCGUCUUGUUUUCAAUGUUCGUUAGCGGCGAGUGUGUAACUCGUCAGUUUUUUACCUUUCGAGAACUACGUGGCUCCAUGAAAAUGUUUCGAGUACCGCAAAAAAGAGUAUACAGUUACAAAAUGUUGAAUACUUUGUUAGUGACUAGAAUAUGAAACAAAGAAAUACUGAAAAUAAAAAUACCUCUCGUUGAGUAUAUAAACAUUAUUUUUUUGUAAUUUAUAACUUAAUUUUUACACUAGCUUCGCCCACGUGUCACUAGGGAACUAUUUAGUGCGACAAAUAGUAGCCUAUAUGUUAAUCCAGGCUUAGAAUUAGCCAUAUAUCGCACACCUAGAUAUAAACUUUUUUUUUUUUUUUUUGACGCUGAGAAAUGCGUUACGCAUACCCGCUUCGCCCUGCGCGGGCUCCACGGGUGAUGUGGGACUCCUCCUGUGGCCCCACCCCCAAAAGGGGGCUAGACAAGAAACAGAAGUUUACCCACUAAAACUCAGCGAUGU